UCGGCGGCAGCUGAGGUGGGCGACAGGCGCAUGGAAGAGCGAGCCGGAGGCAUCGGCGGGGAAUCGAACACUCGCCAAGGGCGUCUUCCUCGGAUCAUGGUGGGUCCCUGGACCGACUGUUGAAGAGCAUCUGUGACUGGGGUCCUGCCUUAAUUCGGAAAAUAAGAGUUCUCCCAAAGGAGACCCCGCUGGAGCGUCUCGACCACCAGGGGCCACGAUGUUCGGCUGGAUGGGAGGGGCCCUGUUGUGCGCCACUUCUGGGCUGGUCCUCCUCAUUGUUGCCACAGCGACGGACUUUUGGAUGCAAUACCGAUACUCCGGCAGCCUCAGCAACCAAGGGCUCUGGCGCUUCUGUGUGGGGAACAAAUGCCACCCGCACACCAUCACCCUCGCUUUCUGGGACGCCACGAGAGCCUUCAUGCUCAUCUCCAUCCUCUCUUCCUUUGCUGGGAUUAUCCUGGAGCUGAUGACCUACUCUGGCACCAAUCGCUUCUCCCGCAGUCGCUCGGCAGGGGUCACCCUCUUGAUCGCAGGACUCUUCGCCCUGCUGGGCCUCUCCGUCUACACCGGCGUGACUCUGAAUUUCUACAGCAAGCGCUACGCCGACUGGCGCUUCUCCUGGUCGUACAUUCUGGGCUGGAUCGCAGUCCUCCUGACCUUCUCAGCAGCUCUGUUCCACUUCUGUGCAGUCCGCAGAAAUUUGUCUACCGGUGGAUCCAGCGGGAUGAGUGGUUGA